UUUACAGAAGUAAAAACGGCAAGUGAGAUGGCGGCGACAAAUAUUUUAUUGCAGUGUGGCGAUUGCGGAACUCUGCUUGGAUCUGCUGCAGAAGCUCAGCAACACGCACAGGAGUUUUGUCACACCAACUACUACGAGUCCCAAGAAGCCAUUCGCUUUAUUGUUUGCUACACUUGCGGUUACAAAUGUUCCUGCGAAACCGAGAGCGUUAUACAUUCGAGAAAGUCUGGGCAUACUGAAUUUUAUGAUAGGACAGCAGAGGUGGCGGAAGAGGCAGCAAGAAGAAACAGAGCUAACAUUCGUCAGAUGCUGAGAGUAGCUAUUGAUCGUUUGGACGAGGCUGAUACUUCAGAGGCAGCAAGAAGGCAGCAGCAGCAGCAGCAGCAGCUUGGUUUGCCUUCGAGACCUGUUUUACAGGAAGGACAGAGUUCAUUGCCUCUAGCUGCAAAGGUCGAGCAGAUGGCUGAGUGCUUGCGGACUAUCCAGCAGAAUUCCAUGGAUGACGCGGCCAAAGUCAUGCAAGCUUUCAACUCAUUGCGUAUGUUUGUUAGGAAUAUUGCUACGAAUCCUGAUGAGGAGAAAUACCGCAAAAUUAGAAUCAGCAAUACUGCAUUCCAGGCGAGGGUUGGCCACCUACGAGGAGGUAUCGAGUUCCUUGAGGUCUGUGGAUUCGAAAGAACUACAGGGGGUGAACACUUGUACAUGCAGAGAGAAAAUGUGGACUUUGAUGUGCUUUAUUCUGCUGCAAAUGUGCUCAACAAUGCCAUUGGAAAUGCAUAAUAUAGAAGUUAAAUGUGGUGUUGUUUGUUUAGCAAAUCAAGGAGUUGGAAAACAUAUGCUCUUGUGGAAAACAAUUAUUUUGUGUUUUGACAUUUUGUUAUCAACAUAUAAUCUUGUUUUACUUUUAUGUGAUGUAAUUUGAUCGUUGAUACAUGUAUUGAAGAGUCUUAAACAUGUUAUGAGAUUUAUGAGUCGUACUUGUUAAA